GUCGGCGGCUUCUUUGAAUCAUCACAUUAAUUCUGCUCAUUUUGUUAACGGGGAAUUGGUUGGCAUUAAUUGUUUCUUCAACCAUAUAAUAAUUACAACAAAAAUUGUAAUCAUAAAAUGUCGUGCUGCGGUGGUGGGGAGCUAGAGGACUACAGCGGGCCGGCUAAUCAGAGCACCGCCCCUCCUAAGGCCGGCCACCCCUAUCACGGUGGCACCGGUGGUGCCAGUGAAAGAGAGCCAAGGUCUUCUGGGGCUAUGAGAAAUGGAGCACCUCAGAAAGUUCUUCCCAUUGAGACACCGGUGAUGCGUUUGGAUGAGCUGAAUAAGCUAACGGGCAAUUUCGGUCAAAAGGCUUUGGUUGGUGAAGGCUCAUACGGCCGUGUUUUCUCUGCAACUUUGAGCAGUGGCCAACAGGUUGCAAUAAAGAAGCUGGACACCAGUUCCUCACCAGAGCCAGAUUCUGAGUUUGCCGCGCAGUUGUCAACAGUUUCAAGACUCAAGAAUGAUCAUUUUGUGGCUCUUCUUGGGUAUUGUCUUGAGGCAGAUAACCGGAUCCUUGUAUAUGAGUUUGCCACCUCGGGAUCUUUGCACGAUGUUUUACAUGGAAGGAAAGGGGUGCAAGGGGCAGAGCCAGGUCCAGUCCUUGCUUGGAAUCAGAGAGUAAAGAUUGCUUAUGGGGCAGCAAGAGGUCUGGAAUAUCUGCACGAAAAGGUUCAGCCCCCCAUUGUUCAUCGCGAUAUCAGAUCCAGCAACGUUCUCCUCUUUGAGGAUUUCACAGCAAAACUUGCUGAUUUCAACUUGACAAACCAGUCCUCUGACACAGCUGCCCGGUUGCAUUCCACUCGCGUCUUGGGAACUUUUGGCUACCAUGCUCCAGAGUAUGCAAUGACGGGACAGAUUACUCAAAAGAGCGAUGUUUACAGUUUCGGAGUUGUCCUCUUAGAACACUUGACAGGAAGGAAGCCAGUUGAUCACACCAUGCCCAAAGGGCAACAGAGCCUUGUCACAUGGGCGACGCCAAGAUUGAGCGAAGACAAAGUGAAACAAUGUGCGGAUCCAAAGCUAAACAAUGAGUAUCCCCCUAAGGCUAUUGCCAAGAUGGCAGCAGUUGCAGCACUGUGUGUUCAGUAUGAGGCCGAUUUUCGUCCCAACAUGACAAUCGUCGUCAAGGCAUUGCAACCGCUUCUCAACUCAAAGCCGGUCACCGGCUCAGAGUCCCAACCAUGACCUUUUUUGUUGAGUCUUCCAAAUCUCAAAUGUUUUUCUUUUUUCUAACUUCCGAAAAGAGAUUUUGCAAAAUUGUUGUCCAAACCAUGUUUCCAUCCUAAUGUUAGCCUAAAUGGAGGAGACUGAAAAGAAAUUACCUUUUGCUCC